AUGGCGGAAUCCACAACAGAUGAACACCGCCCAGAAGGCUAUGACGAGGACUUUGUGGAAGCCGUUGAUGAAGAUUUGCAAUGUUUGAUAUGUCAUUUACCCCUUAAAGAGCCAAUUCAAACGAGAUGUGGCCACAGAUUUUGCAAAGAUUGCCUUGAGGAAUACAUCAGAAGGUACAAGUUUGUGUGAAACAAAAUCCUUUUGAUAAUGGAUCCUUGUAAUCUCGUGCUAAUUUCAUUUGAUCAUUCUAAAUUUAUCAGAGAAAUUUCUUGAGCCGCAAGUCAGUUAUCAUUACCUGUAGAAAACUUUUAUUCCACCCAGCAAGAGGAAAUUUAUCGCUGAUAUAGUCGAUAUCAUAAGUUCAAACAGUAAAGGUCUCUUUAAUAAUUAAAGCUAAUACUGGUAUUUCUUAUUGGCGCCGAAUUUAUAGUUCUAAUUGAAACAUGAAAUUGUAAAAUAUUCCUCUAACUUUUUCGAGUGCGUGACACGAUACAUUUUGCGCACUAUUUGAGGAAAUACUCUCUGUCCAAAGAGUUAUAACUCUUACGAAAGCGAAAAUCAAAUGGACUAACUACGCAACGUAUGGCGUCGAAGAGUUACUAUUUUGCAAAAUCGACUAAUAGUCCAUAUGGCAAAAAUGUAUCUCACUUAAAAUUACUUCUUGGCGAAAUAAGAAAUAAGAGGAGGCCAAAAUCUUUGGUGAUAUACUAAUUUGUAUUAUUUAAAUGUAUUUUUGUGACAUGAAAGAGGUCACGUUGUCACCGAAAUUACUACUUUGCGAAAUGAAUAAAAAUCCUUCAUAUCAAUUGACGAUUACUCCAAAAUCCUUGUGAAAGCUACCUUUACCUUAUAAGAAAAUAUCACUGUAUUAUUCCAUUAGUUUCGUUACAUCUUGCCUACUUUCGUUACGUUUCGUUUCGUUUGGCAAAAUAGAAUAAGCCUGGUAUUUCUGACGUGGCGCUGAAUUUAUAUAAUCCUAUUCAGCCUAUUGUGAAAUAUGCCUUUACCUUUGUCGAGUGCGUGACGCGAGAUAUUUUCCGCACUACUUAAGGAAAUACUCUCUCUCCAAAGAGUUAUAACCCUUACAAUCGAAAGCGGAAAUCAUAUGAACUAAUUGCGCAAUGUACGGCGCUGUCGUCUUAUAUUUUGAAAUCAUUCAGGUUGAAUGCUAGCAACUGCUAACAACACGUCGGUUUUGUUAUUCAUAGAUCGAAUGACUCUUCCGUGACUAUAGGUGUAUUGAGCCAGUGGUUAUAACAACAACUAUUGCUCAAAGACACCUAGCUUAUAAAUUUGUCUUUUGACUGAGUUGUUGAAAGUAUUUUCAUUUGCCUGAUCUUACGCAUAACAUCCAAUGAUAUCUUAUAAGAUGAAGUUAAGGUUUAAACAAAGCAGUGGAGUUGCUAAAAAAGCAAAUUCUGUGCAGUUCCACAAUCGAGACCACAAUUUAUUCCCUGGCAUCAUAUCGCGCCACACGAUAGAAUAAUCUGAAAUUCAUUUGCAUUGCAUCAAACAAAAACAUUGAGAGACAUCUUAAAUACCUUGCGAAAUAAGUAUGACCUCAUCAUGUUUUACCCCGGCAAAAUCGUGACAAACGGCCGUUUUGGAUGGGAUCUGGGUACAAAUGAUCCAGUAUCUUUCUUUUCACGUUUACAUUCCAUAAGUUCUUUUUUUUUAAAGGUGAGACUUAUUCUUUAACCCUUUAACUCCCAAGAUCUCAUCAGUAAUUCUCCGUACUGUCUGCCAUAUAGUUCUUGUGAUGUUAGUUUUGAGAAUUUGGUAUUGGAUCAACUAAUGAUCUAACUGAUAUUUCUCUUUAUUCUCGUCACUUGUCUGCUUUAUAUUGUAUUAGUAUUGUAAGGAGAAAUUCUGUCUUGGUCACUUAUGGGAGUUAAAGAGUUAAUGUGAUUUUGCAUCUUUGUUGUUGAAGAUUCUUUCUUAUUAUUCUCGUUCAUGAAGAUAAUUUUUCUUUGAAUCAUUUGUUUAUGCUUUCCUUUUUAUUUCUUCAUCUAUUUUAUUUAUUUUUAUUUUCGCUUUGUUUGCUUUGUCGUUGCUGCUUUUGGUCAAAAGUUUGUAGUUCUUUUAACCAUCGGUGUUUUUUAUGUCUUUUUUAAGUGCAGUUUUGACUUUAUUUCUCUAUUGCUUUCAAAUUAAUUGGGUGUAAGAGGGAGAAAGUACCAUUGACAAUAAAACAUUCAAAGUAAGAGUACAGUUAAAGGUGCUAAGAAGAAUAUUUGCAGAAGAUAUUGAGGUUGGAAGCCCCAUUGAAAAUAUAACCCCAAAUAUCAAUGCCAUUUUAUCAGUUUUGGUGUUGAAAUCGUCAUUGUUUAUGUAUUUCCUUUAAAUCAGUAAUGGAUAGCUAUGAGUAAAGAAAAUGUAAAUCGUAAACCUAAAGUAAAUAAUGGUGUAUCAGCAGAACAUUUGCUGCAGCAACACGAAAUAAGGAUCAAAGAUUUUUAACUAUCUGAAAUUUUCUUCCUAUUUUCCGACCACCAACAGGCAUCGAAGGGAAGGUCAGUCUAUAAUUUGUCCGGCAGACAGACAGAGUCUGGACCAAGACCGGGUAAAUAAUCUCCUUCUGAAGUUCAUAACAAUGACCGUCUAGCAUUUCCAUGGUAUCUUGUUCGGCUGAGAUCCUCAUAUCAGGACAGACUUUUAUUACACUGUUAUAAUUGUGAGUAUGCUUAAUGCGAUAUGCAUGCCAGCUUUUAAUAUUAGUGAUGACUCUGGCAGAACUUCCAAGCAACCAGACAGAUUAAUAGAGUUCUUCAUCACUAUCAUCGAUCACUUGACGGGUCAUAUUUAUUUUAAAUAAAAAAUGGCUAUCGUAAUACAUGUUGCAGGAUGUUUUUCCCGACAAAGCUACAGAAAGGAAAAUUCUUUCAUUCAUAAUCAAAUGUCCAAGUGACGGCUGUGGAUGGACUGGGGAACUGAGGAACAAGGAGGUAGCUUUACUAAUACAAAUUCCACUAAUUAUCAGAAAUAUGUAGUUAUUUAUCCAUUAUCCAUGCGCUGUGGUAGGAUUUUCACAGAAUAAGCUAUGGAAAUCGCCUUCUCUGGUUUUAUUUUAUUCGUUUGAUAGGUUCACCUAGAAUCAUGUUCUUUCAUGCUCUUGGUGUGUGACCAUUUUUCCUGUGGAGCAAAAGUGCAAAGAAAACAUCUUGAACAACACCAACUUUCUGAGUGUCCCUGGAGAAUCCUUUACUGUGAAUACUGUAGCGAGCCCCACCCAGAAUGCCAAAUGCAGGUAAGAUCGUCAGUUAAACGGUGAAAACACUACACCUUAAGAAAGGAAAAUUUCACACCAAAAUUCUGUUUCUGACAAAUUUAACAGUAUAAUCAAAAUUGCUAACAAAUCAUUCUGUUUCCGAAAAACAAAAGUGCUUUAGGUUACCCUUUACUUCCUGCAUAUUCCUGUAGAUCUAAUGGAAUUUUGUAGAUGCAAAAAUAAAACAAAAGUGGGACUGAACUAUGAAUUAGGUUUCUGCAGUGAAAUGAAAAAACUAACGCUUAAAUGAAGGAAUAUUUCCAGAUUCCUUACUGCAAUUCAUGGAAUUUUUCGUUAUUAGGAUCAUAUCCAAAAGUGCAGCGGGUUCCCAGUAACUUGUCCAAACAGCUGUGGUCUUUCAAUUCCUAGAAGAAUGGUGAGACUUCUUAUUUCUUUUGCGUAUUCCGUUUGA